UCCUUCAAUAUUUGCUUUUAGACGCGUUUCGACGAUUUGCUCGACAUUUUGAGUCAAUCGGAAGAAGAGAUCGCAGUCGACAAUCAAUGGCAACAAACACAAGGCGGCGAUGUCUCCACUUCGCCGCCCAAUCGCCAGAGGAGUGGAUCUCUUUUGGUGGCGCGCGAGAGAACGCAAUCCAUCUCUUUCCAGGCGCUCAUCGAAGACGUUGAGCCCAUUUAUAUCGUCAACAUUGCCAUCAAAUCCGACGGAUCCGAAGACGCCGUUCUCACCAAACGCUUCCAGCAGUUCUGUAUGACUCGAAAGGCGGACCUCGAGAAGCACUCGAUCCGAAGAGUGACGUUCAUUGUGUGCGACAAAUACCGUUUCCCGCGAUAUUUCACGUACAGAUUCCGCAGCGGUUACGUCGAGGACACCAUUUAUCGCCACUUCGAUCCGGCGCUCGCUUUCCAUCUGGAGAUCAAUCGUUUGCGAAACUACGACUUGGAGGCGAUUCCGACCGCGAGCCAGAAGAUGCACCUCUACCUGGGAAAGGCCAAAGUGAUGGCUCCGGGACAACAGGUAACUGACUUCCGGUUCUUCGUGCGCACUAUUAUCCGUCACUCGGAUCUCAUCACGAAAGAGGCGUCGUAUGAGUUCCUGCAAAACGAAGGCGAAAGACUUCUUCUGGAAGCGAUGGACGAACUGGAGGUCGCUUUCACGCACUCUUUGGGACCGAAAACCGAUUGCAAUCACAUUUUCCUGAACUUUGUGCCGAAGAUUCUGAUGGACCCCUCGAAG